UCAGCAUUGAAAGAUCCAAACAGUCAUCAAGAUAUUAGAGAUUCAGCGAAAUCAAGUCCAGGAAUAUAACUGGUGAGGAAACUUCCGGAAUAUCGGAAUUUACCAUUCGGACUACAGAAAGGAUAUGCUUUAUUUCCAACCAGGCUUGAAACUGAAUUUGAAAUCCCCAUCAUAACCGGUAUUUUUGAAUUUUCAACGGGAUCUCAACGUGUGAUGGCAGCAGUCCAGUGAAUUAGCGGUUCCCCUACCGCUGGCGUUGGAUUUCUUGGGAGCACGUUGAUUGAUUUGUCUGUGUAUCUUAGCACGUUGGGGGUCAUCAAAGUGGUUUUACCUUUACUAUCAGGAUCUAUGGAGUGUACAUAAACAUUCGCUGGAUUGGGUUUGUCAAGAGGGGCAAACAUGUGGGUUACUGGGAAGGGGAUUCCGAGAAGCCCCUGAAGCUGCUUCAACCCUUCUCCCACAGCAGUCUGAGGAGGUCAGACUCAACUGUGGUGCACCUGGGCCGCUGGCACUAAGAUGUCCCUAAGCAGUGGCACUGCAGGCGGGAAAGGUGUGGACUCUAAUGUGGUGGACACUUAUGACAGCGGCGAUGAAUGGGAUAUAGGUGUUGGCAAUCUGAUCAUUGACCUCGACGCGGACCUAGAAAAGGACAAACUUGAGAUGUCUGGCACUAAAGACGGCGGGGGCGUGGCUGCCCCUCCCAGCGCCGUAGCAACUCUACCCGACAACAUAACAUUUGUUAGCCCCAUACCCGCUGCUCAAGGCAAAGAGAGUAAAUCCAAAUCGAAGCGUAGUAAGAACUCAAAGGACGGUGGUAAGGCCUCAGACGGGGCCAAGAAAGACGCACAGGUGCGAACCCAGGGCGAGGUCACGGGACCCGCCGUUGGCACAGGUCCCACGGCAAAUGCAAACUCUGGAAAGGGUGCUGAGAAGAGCAGCAAAGCCUCCCGUAAUGUUUCUAGUGGAAAGAAAGACAAGGAGGCGGGCUCUGGGAAAAGUAAGAAGGAGAAAAGUGAAUUUGUGACUACUACUGAGAAGGAGGUAGGUGCCCCAGUUCUGCCUUUGGCAUGUCGUGGCGUUCCAUUUGAGGGUACGCAAAAUACAGACUUGGCUGUGGCUGAGCAACUUGGGAAUAUCGCCCUGGAUUCCACACGGAUUGUUGUACCACCGUUAGCCAUUAAAAGUGAGCCAGAGGAGAUGGACAACGGUGAAUGCAGAAACCCGAAGAAAGUGAAAAGUGAAAAGAUGGAGUCUCCGGUCUCCACGCCCGCCACUCCACCCCGCCAUCUCCUGCCGCCGGUUGGCAACAGCAAUGACAGCAUCGCCUCACCCUGUGAGCAGAUCAUGGUGCGCACGCGCUCGGUGGCGUCCAACACGACAGACAUGGCCUUGGCCACGGAGCCCGAGUGCCUGGGGCCCUGCGAGCCCGGGACCAGCGUCAACCUGGAGGGCAUCGUCUGGCAGGAGACCGAGGACGGCAUGCUGGUAGUUAACGUGACCUGGAGAAACAAGACCUAUGUAGGCACCCUCCUGGACUGCACCAGGCACGACUGGGCUCCGCCAAGGUUCUGUGAGUCCCCCUCCAGUGACUUGGAGAUGAAGAACGGCCGAGGCCGGGGCAAGAGGAUGAGGCCUAACGGAAACACACCCGUCAACGAGAACAGCAACUCGUCAGACAACAAGGGAAGCGGCACCAGCAAGACGCGCGGUGCCAACAGCAGCAGCAAGGGCCGGCGGGGCACGCCGCCCAACAGCAACACAGAGGACGUUAAGGCCAGCCCUUCGUCGGCUAACAAGCGCAAGAACAAGCCCGCCUCAGACAUGGAGCCCAACUCCAGCUCGGAGGACACCAAGGGCAGCAAGCGCAUGCGCACCAACUCCAACAGCGGCCCUGGAGGACUGCCCCAGACGCCUCACGCCGUCCUCCCCGGCAAACCCGGCAUCAAGGCGGAGCCGCUGCCCCCGCAGCAGCUCGACCGCAACUGCCCUUCGCCGGUGCUCAUUGACUGCCCGCACCCCAACUGCAACAAGAAGUACAAGCACAUGAAUGGCCUCAAGUACCACCAGGCCCGCGCCCACAAUGACGAUGACAUCAAGCUGGACAUGGACGGGGACAGUGAGUACGGGGAGGACUCUACGCUCCACCCCGAUCCGAGCAGCUUCAAUGGGGCUUCCAUCUCUCAAAAGGGCUGCUUGUCACCUGCCCGCUCAAUCACGCCCAAGGGUAGGGGCUUUGAGGCCCAGACUCCGUCACCCUCCUCGGGGAAGUUUGUCUCCAAGCAGAGUAAAAAGAAGCCGUGCGAGGCCGACCCAGAGGCGGGGGGCAUGCCCGUGGACGGCUGUGAGGACGGGCCCUGCCUAACGGACGAGGCCAGCAAUGACGGCCUGGACUACAAGAAGGACAAGGCCAAGAAGACGGGCGGACAAGCUGGCUCCAAGGCGGACAAGCUGGCCCAGAAGGGUGUGAAGUCAACACGGCCCAACGCCCCGACCAUACCACCUCAGCAGCUCUACUCCCUACAGACGGCAGGCAGCUUCCCUGCAGCCAGCCCUGGCUCCACCCCUGCCGUGGGCUCAGCAGUUCAGUCUGUCCCCAAGAGCCCCCAGCUAAAAGCCAUCCAGCCCAAGCCCUCUGCCCUGGGAGACCCCUCGCCUGUGAACCCAGCGCUGAGCGGCUCCAAGGACAAGAAGAAGAAAAAGGAAAAGAAGAAGAAGGAGGAUGUGGGAAAGGAGGGAGACAGCCCCAAAGGGAGAGGAGGAAAGCCAGAGGAAGGUAAGAGCCCGUACUCUGAAUCUUCGGACCCGGGGAGCAAAGGCGACGGGCUGCUGAACGGCUCGUCAGACCCCCACCAGAGCAGGCUGGCCAGCAUCAAGGCCGAGGCGGACAAGAUCUACAGCUUCACCGACAACGCUCCCAGUCCCUCCAUCGGCGUGGCCAGCAGGAUAGAGGCCGGAGGCAUGGCCCAGCCCCUCACCCCGCUCCAUGUGGUCACACAGAACGGAGCCGACAACUCCUCGGUGAAGACCAACAGCCCAGCCUACUCAGACAUCUCGGACGCGGGCGAGGACGGCGAGGGCCGGGUGGAGGGCGUCAAGGGAGUCAAGUCCGAGGAGCAGGCCACCCGAGAGGGGGCCAAGAAGGCCCUGUUCCCCACCCAAACGGCCAGCAAGGAGUCUCCCUACUACCCCGGCUACGAGACUUACUACUCCCCGAACUACGCCAACCCUAACCCUAGCCCGGGGGUGUCGGCCACGGGGGUCGCGCAACAGGAGGGGGCCCAGGUCAAGGUGAAAAAAGAGGAGCAGGAGGGGCCGGGCGAGGAGGACCGCAAGGUCAAGCAGGAGCAGCAGGAGGAGCGUAAGCCCGAGAUAGGUGCCUCUGGGCCGGGACAACAGCAGCAGCAACAGGCCUCGGUCAUCCAGCAACGCUCCAACAUGUACAUGCAGCCUCUCUACUACAACCAGUACGCCUACGUUCCCCAGUACGCCUACCACCCGGACCAGGCCUACCACAACCACCUGAUGAACACCAACCCGGCCUACCGGCAGCAGUAUGACGAGCGGCAGAGGCAGGCGGCAGCCGAGCAGCACCGCGCCGCAGAGAAGAAAUCAGACGCUGCUGGAAAAGAGCGAGAGGGCUCCUCGGGGAAGGAGCGGGGUGAGGAAUGGAAGCAGAAGGCUUUGGUUCCCCCCACCCUCUCCAAGGCUCCCAGUCUCACAGACCUGGGCAAAGGCGGGCUGCCCCAGGGCAAGCCGCCCAAAGAGCCCUCGUCCUCCUUGGAGCAGGCCAAGUCAUCAGUCAUCAUGCCCAAGGGGGAGGACGCCAAGGUGCCGGCCCAGCAGGCUGAGGGGAUGAAGAUGAAGCUGAGUGAAGGAGGACACCACGGGAAGGGGGAGGAGCCCAAGGCGGGCAUGGAGUCGGGCAGGCCGUCUGCCAUGGAGCAGGCCAUGUGGUACAGACAGGAGCCAGACUCACGGCUGUGGCCUUACCUAUACCCCAGCAAAUACCCCGAGGCCCACAAACAACAGGAGGAGGAGCAGCGCAACAGGGAAAGAGACAGAGACCGAGGAGAGAGGGACCGAGACAACAGAGACAGGGAACGGGAACGAGACCGAGACAGAGACCGAAAGUGCAGGGACGAGAGGGCUCGGCCCAAAGAUGCCACCCCCAAGGAGGAGUGUAAAGAGGGGUCUGAGCCCCGGUUGUCUUCGGCCUCGGAGGAACACCGGGGGGUGGGAAAGGACCCGAGGGCCACCGCUGGCCACAUGCAGUUCUCCUCUCCCCUGGCCCAGCACCAGGGUUACAUGCCCUACAUGCACGGAGCCUACGCUUACGGCCAGGGCUACGACCCCAGCCACCCGGGCUACCGCGGGAUGCCCUCAGUCAUGAUGCAGAACUACCCUGGCUCCUACUACUCCUUCUCCCCCUACGGCAGUAAGAUGGGGCCGGGCGAGGAGGGCGGCGAGAAGGCCUCGCGGGCCAGCCCCACGGUCAGUGGCAAGUCAUCCUCCGAGGCCAAGGCAUUGGACAUCCUUCACCAGCACGCCAGCCAGUACAAGAGCAAGUCGCCCACGGUCGGCGACAAGACCUCCUCGCGCGAACGGGAACGGGAGCGCGCUGUGGCCGAGCGCGAACGAGACAUGGACCGGCCGCGCUCCUCGCCCUCGCAGCGCAUCAUGCCUUCCCAUCACCACCUGGGCUACCCGCUGCUCUCGGGGCAGUACGACCUGUCCUACGCCACAGGUCUCUCCUCAUCAGCCAUAGUUGCCAGUCAGCAAGCCUCCGCCCCCUCCAUGUACCCCCCUGCACGAAGAUGAGGAUGGGAGACCUGAUUGGCUGACCUCGACCUUGCCUGGAGCCAUGUGACUGGAUCACAUGAAGAAGCCUGCUGCAGAGCUCAUUUUGAGACAUCAGUUCAAUGGUGUUUGUUGUAUUUUUUUAGUUGUUUCUGCCUGGUUGUUCCGGCUGCUCUGUUUCCUCCUCCCUCCGCUAGUGUGAUGGCCACCCCACGGCAAGGCUUCCCGUGGCUGGGUUGAGGGCUCGCCGAGCCCCCUCCUCUGGCCGGCCAGCCAGUCACUCCUUUGCACCAUUCACGUGAUGGACUAAAAGGUCUGAGGAACGGCCUGACGAGGCUGACACGUUCUUAUGGGGUGAGGCCUUAUCACACGGACGGCCAUUUUGGAACUGGAGAGUGCAUAGGGGAGAGGGGGUCGAUCAGAAACAUACUGGAUUAAGUUUGAAAUCACUACAUGGAGUUAUGGACUCAUUGGAUUGUUGGCUGACCCUGGGCUGACCCUGUGCUGACCCUGGGCUGACCCUGUGCUGACCCUGGGCCUUAGCGUAGUAGGGUUUUAGCUUGACUUGUGGGUUGUUUCAUCCAUCCACCAAACUACCCACUGACCCGUAGGACAUUUUGAGACAUUAAUUGCAGUGGGGGGUGUCGUUGUUUGGGCCAGAGGGGUGACCGAAAGGGGAGAAACUGGUCUCUCCACCACUCUGGGCUUUCUAUGCAAGCCUCUUCUCCUCAUACUGACAGAGACAGCCCUCCUCUCCAUCUGUUCAGUUUCAGGGGGAGGAACAUUCAAGUUCGCGCUCUGUUGAAUCUGUAUUAGUUUGUGUGAAAAGUUGUCAUCCGCCUACUUGAGUUAAUUCAGAGAGUAAAACAAUGUUGUUGUUUUUUUGUACGAGGCUUUUUAUUUUUGUGCGUGGUUCGUUCUACAGCAUUAGUCUCCACACUAUUCAUGUUUUUUCAUUAUUUUAGCUGUUUAUUUUUUUUCUUUUUUCCUUCAUGUCUUGUUGGCUUGACGACCAUGUUUCCAUCUCACUCUGACCCAGUGGUAAAACAAACUCCUUCGGCUGUUUACGUCUGUGUCAAACGCUACUGACCUCUCUGUGGCGGCAGCGACCGCUGUCUCCCGGUUUCCUUUCCCAAAGGGUCAAAGGGUCAUCCAGUUUACAGCUCCAAUACAUCCGCUACAGCGCUCAGCUGCUCAGCGACAGCCUUGAGGGAGGGGACAUAUCUAUGCCUGGAGGUACUUUGGCUUAGAGAGGAGAGGAACAGAGAGGAGGAGGGAUGCUCCAUUCUGGUGCUCUCUAAGCUCUGUAACCCGGGAGGGAGGGAGGUUGCACUGAUCAGAGAGGCUGACUGGACUCUUCACAGAUGUUGCCUCUAGUUCCAUCCAGCCAUUCAUCUUCACUGGGCACUGAGAGGGGGUCCCAGACAGACAGACAGACAGGCAGACAGGCAGCCUGCCCAGCUCUUAUAGUAUACACGGGUUUUGUUUUGGCUGUUUUGGGCCCCAAGUGUCUGUCUGUGGACACUGUCUGGGACCUACACGACUACGUAUGUGAACAGUCGGCAACUGUCUGCAAGCCACUGUCUGGCUGUUGCUGCUGCUAGUCUCUCACCAAACUGCAUCAUGGGAUAUCUGCAGUCCUCCCUCAUCAUUGGACAUGUAAGAACACAAAGGGAAACUCUCUAGAGCUUGUCAAUGGAUGCUCAGUAGAUAUGGCUGCUGCACUCACUCUCCCUCUGUUCUGGCCUGUAGUCCUGGAGAGAGAGGCAGCUCUCUCCCUCUGUUCUGGCCUGUAGUCCUGGAGAGAGAGGCAGCUCUCUCCCUCUGUUCUGGCCUGUAGUCCUGGAGAGAGAGGCAGCUCUCUCCCUCUGUUCUGGCCUGUAGUCCUGGAGAGAGAGGCAGCUCUCUCCCUCUGUUCUGGCCUGUAGUCCUGGAGAGAGAGGCAGCUCUCUCCCUCUGUUCUGGCCUGUAGUCCUGGAGAGAGAGGCAGCUCACUCCUGUAUAUUUAUUAGAGGACGUAUAGUCGUGGAGUGCUGUGUUACUGGGAGUUGGCACAUGCCCCUGUUAUUUUUUUGGUGAAUGAGCGUAAUUGCAAAAUGGAGUCUCCUGCAGGCCCACCUCCUCUCUCUCUCUCCUUUCCAACUAUCUCUGUCUAGCUCUGUCGUGUGUGCCUGCAUGGCGUAAGCAUUAUCCCCACACAACGUCCUUCCCAGUGGAUCUGCUCCCUCCUGCCCCUCUCACCACCCCUCCUCACUGUGUGCUUUCUGUUUAUAGUGGACAGAGGAAUUAUUUUUAAAAGGUUGUUGGACGCUAUCAGAAAAUGUCAUUUUUUUGUCUGUUAGGCUUCUCUUUUUUCUUCCUACUGUUGUUGACAAACUGUAGCUGCUUUAUAACUGGUUCCCCUCCUACCCUUCAGUAGCCUGUUGUUGACAAACUGUAGCUGCUUUAUAACUGGUUCCCCUCCUACCCUUCAGUAGCCUGUUGUUGACAAACUGUAGCUGCUUUAUAACUGGUUCCCCUCCUACCCUUCAGUAGCCUGUUGUUGACAAACUGUAGCUGCUUUAUAACUGGUUCCCCUCCUACCCUUCAGUAGCCUGUUGUUGACAAACUGUAGCUGCUUUAUAACUGGUUCCCCUCCUACCCUUCAGUAGCCUGUUGUUGACAAACUGUAGUUGCUUUAUAACUGGUUCCCCUCCUACCCUUCAGUAGCCUGUUGUUGACAAACUGUAGCUGCUUUAUAACUGGUUCCCCUCCUACCCUUCAGUAGCCUGUUGUUGACAAACUGUAGCUGCUUUAUAACUGGUUCCCCUCCUACCCUUCAGUAGCCUGUUGUUGACAAACUGUAGCUGCUUUAUAACUGGUUGCCCUCCUACCCUUCAGUAGCCUGUUGUUGCCACUCUUGAAGCUCAUGAUGCCAUUUUAGUCCCCUCGUCGCACACGUUCCCAAGCCUCCUCACCCACCCUCAAGGAAAACAAGUCACAUUUCAACAUGUCAUUGUAACCCCUGUUGGUGUGUUUUUGGUUCAAUGAGAUGCUGCUCGUGAAUGCAGUGUAUUGGGUGGGAGUUGUGUUAUUACUGCCUGCUGGGAUAGACAAAGGCUGAGAGCCAGGCUGAGAGCCAGGCUGAGAGCAGAGCAGCUGUCCACAGAGGAGUGAUAGAGAGGUAGAACUCAGCAGAUUCUUCCACUGCGUCCACUCUUCUCCCGCUAAUGGUCCCCAUUAAUCCUGACGCCGCACAGCGCCCACUCAACCACUUGUCCGAAACAGUAAAUCUGAUUCGCCGUGAUGCUUUUAUUGCCCUUUAUGGAUCCGGCGUACUUGGGAGCGCAGCACAGGAAAUCUGAACUAAUAAAUUGGAUUUGUGUUUUUUGUAUUGUAUACAUAAAUGUGAUUUAGCGGAGGGGACUAGCCAUUUGUUGUGCCAGAGGCGGUAAAACAGACCUCAACACCCCUAAAGUGGCAUUUAUUCACCAAGAGAUCAGUCGAAUGCUAUUAAUGGUCUGCUAUUAUGAACAAUUAAAUAGACUGUGCUCAGAGCACUACUCCCUGUGAGUACAUCCAUUCCAGUAAUACCCUAAUAGUUAUCCUAAUCAGACACGUUCCAUUUUAAUGCCCUGCUAAACACUAAUAUAAGAGGCCUGUAGGAUCCAUAACGAUCCAGUCACUAGAAAGGGGAUCCCCAUUCAAGUCAAUGUUCAAUGAUUGGUGGACCGGCAUUCUAAUGAUUCUAUGGUAGGCUCAUCAAGGUUGACUUGGUUCUCUCCUGUAAUGAUGUCAGUUCACAUGUUACUGGGCGUAUGAGUGUUUUUGGAAGUGGCACUGGUUGAUAGGCCCUACUCUCACCACAAUACUGUUGAUGCUCAGCCGUGAAUGGAUGCUGGCACAGAUUUCUUCUGUCAUUUUCUCUGAAGUAGAUGGUUUUGGUUUUGUUUGGAAAUGUGUCUGUCAUACAAUGGGGGAGGAUCCAGUGUUUUUUUAAAGGCUUUUAACACGUUCUGUACGGAGUGAGAUGUGAGGCCAGAACCAGAUUAUAUAUUAAUAGUCAUUUUUAACUGUCUCAUUGUGAAACCAGAACACUGCUGGUGGAAAGUGGUAAAAAAUGCUAAGGAACAUUUAAAAAAAAAAAAAUGUUUUAUCUAGUUUGGGGAUAAUUUUGUUUUUUUUGUACGUUGACACCCGCCAGCCACAGAAAUGAGUUGUUGAUCACACUCCCACGGCAGCCAUUGUUGGUGUUGUCUCAGACUGUGCUUGGGUAGUCAGUCGUUCCUUGUGUUCCUCACGCCGGGGGAGGAGGGAAUGUUCUUGUGUGGGAUUUCCUCUUCCUGUUUCUCUAUUCAUAACCCCGCCCCCUAACCCCCCUGCCCCAUCACACUCAGCCCGGCCCCCAGAGCAGUGGCUCAGUAUCAGUCAUCGGUACUUGAAAGAAAGAUGUUUACAGCUUUUUUUAUUGCUAUGUUUUGUUUUGGUUCAAUUCCCCCACCUGCCUCCCCCCCCCCCCC